AUGACUGGUGAACAAACCACAACAACCAGUAGUGUUGGAGGAGUUUCUGGAAAUCCAAGCGUCAUUCAAAUGAGUCAAGGGGUUGAUUACAAUCAUCCCUUGUUCUUGAGUCCUGUUGAUAUCAGCGGAGUUAAUCUGAUCUCGUUUCAGCUUGUUGGAAUUGAGAACUAUGCAUUGUGGAGUAGGUCAAUGAAGUUGGCAUUACUUGGAAAUGAAAUUGGGCUGAUAGAUGGUUCUUUCAAACAAGAGGAUGCAAGUGAAGAACUAAAAGGUCAAUGGGAGAGAGUGAAUGUUAUCGUUUUGUCUUGGCUUCUAAAUUCUAUGUCAAAGAGUUUGUUAGGAGGAGUGACAUUUGCAUCAUCAGCUCGAGCUAUGUGGAAUGACUUAAAGGAAGGGUUUGAUCAACCUAAUGUAUCAAGAACUUUCAAUUUACAUAAAGAAAUCGCAACCCUGCAACAAGAAACAGACCCCGUAUCAGUAUACUUUACUAAGCUUAAAUGGGAUGAAUUUAAGACUUCGGUUCCAUCCCCUGGGUGUAAUUGUGAACAAUCAAAAGGUUUUGCUUAUGCCAUGGUGGUGAAUAAUGAUUAUCAAAAGGUGACUUCUAGUAGGUCAAGUAUGAGUCUUAAUUAUGUGGGGAACACUGGAAUGGAUCCUUUGGCAAUGUACUCAAGAACUGGUGGAUGA